GCUCAGGUCGAUGGUCCCGACCCGCCGCGCCUCUGCGAGCCCGGCCCCGCCGCGCCGCCCGGCAGCGGGAGCCCUCUCUCCGGCCCGGAGAGCCCCAGCGAGCCCGGUCCCGGCGGUGAGGCGGACCCCGAGGCCGCCCCCGGCCCCGGCGGCGAUGCGGAGCCCGGGAGCGGCGGCGCGGAGGCCGCGGGGCAGAGCGGAGCGGCGGCCGAGGAGCCCGACGAGGAGGCGGCCCCGGCCCGGCCGUCGCAGAACAUCGCGGUGCAGACUGACUUCAAGGCGGCCGAUGCAGAUGUGAACACRGACCAGGACAUCGAGAAGAGCUUGGACAAGAUGAUGUCUGAGCGGGCCUUGCUGAAGGAGCGCUACCAGGAGGUGUUGGACAAACAGAGGCAGGUGGAGAACCAGCUGCAGGUCCAGCUCAAACAGCUCCAGCAGCGGAGGGAAGAGGAGAUGAAAAACCACCAGGAGAUUCUGAAAGCGAUUCAGGAUGUUACGAUCAAGCGAGAAGAGACCAAGAAGAAGAUGGAGAAAGAGAAGAAAGAAUUCCUGCAGAAAGAGCAGGAUCUCAAAGCUGAAAUUGAGAAACUCUGUGAGAAAGGCAGAAGGUUGCUGAAGGAACAGGAGGAGAAGGAGAACAAGAUUGCAUCCCUGAUCGCAGAGCAGUCUGAUGAGAAGCAGCUGUGGGAGAUGGAGCUGGACAAGCUGAAGAACCAGCACAACGAAAUCAACAGGAACAUUCUCGAGGAGACAGAACGGGCCUGGAAAGCAGAGAUCCUGUCCCUGGAGAGCCGGAAGGAGCUGCUGGUGUUGAAACUAGAAGAAGCAGAAAAAGAAGCAGAGCUACACCUCACCUACCUCAACUGUGCUUGCAGGUCUGCACCACCCACGCUGGAGACCAUGAGGCCAAAGCAGGAGUGGGAGAUGAGGCUCAACAGGAUACGAAUGACCAAGCAAAGUGUCAGAGAUCAGUUCAACGACCACAUCCAGAUGGUGAGGAAUGGCACAAAGCUGAGCAGCCUCCCCCAGAUCCCGACGCCGACGCUGCCUCCUCCGCCUUCGGAAACAGAUUUCAUGCUGACGGCAUUCCAGCCCAGCCCAUCCCUGACUCCACGGCUCCCCUUCCCCAUCGGCCCYGUCCCCGUCCCCAUGGUCAUGCCCAGCGCCGACCCUCGGGCGCUCUCCUUCCCCCUGCUGAACCCCGCCAUCUCCAGGCCCAACCAGCCSUCCCCGCCCCUGCCUGCUUCCCAAGGGAGGAACAGCCCGGUGGUGGCAUCGCUGAUGGGCACGCACAGCCCUCACAUGGCUCCUGCUGCCUCCAUCCCUCCUCCGCCCGGCCUCGGAGGGGUGAACGUGGCCCCAGAGUUCCACCGGCCCCAGCCGGCCGACAAGCUGGAGAAGCUGCUGGAGAAGCUGCUGACUCGAUUUCCACAGUGCAACAAGGCCCAGCUGACCAACAUCCUGCAGCAGAUCAAGACUGCCCGGAGGACCAUGGCCGGCCUGACCAUGGACGAGCUGAACCAGCUGGUGGCGGCCAAGCUGGCGGAGCAGCAGGAGCGGGCAGCGGCCGGGGCCCAGCCUCUGGGCCGGAUCAGGGCCCCCAUGUUCUCUGCUCCUCUGCCUCAGAUCAGCACGCCCAUGUUCCUGCCCCCGGCACAGGUCGCUUACCCUGGAACAGCGUCACACACCCCAGCUGCCUGUAAGCUGUGUCUGAUGUGCCAGAAGCUGGUGCAGCCCGGUGACCUUCACCCCAUGGCCUGCUCACACGUGCUGCACAAGGAGUGCAUCAAAUUCUGGGCACAAACCAACACGAAUGACACUUGCCCCUUCUGCCCAAGCCUCAAAUGACGGCUGCUGGGACAACGUGGGCCCCCRGGAGGAGUUGCUGUGAAUAGCCAGGAUCAGUUCUAAGAUUUCUACAGUUCUAUAUUUAUACGAUCAUGUAUACACAUGUACAUUUUUAUUAUAUAGGGUAAUGUGUGUAUAGAAAGUCUGUAUACAUACAAAUUCAUAAAUAAAGUGUGUAUAUUAUGCAGUGAUUUGCUGCUGCUCCUCAUUUCUUAGUCUGCAGCCCUGCUGGCUUCUUCCAAAWGAGGGUCAGUGUUCCCUGGGAACUGCCUCAGCCACCUCUUCCCAUUUGGAUCCCAUCAGCUCCUUUUCCAGGGCCAUCCCUUAUGUCUGGAUACCUCUGCCAGUCAUCACCUGUUUUUUCCCCUCAUGCCAAUGAACAGCUUGAAGAGCCGAUUUUUUGUGGUCAUUUUUUUAAUGUCAUAAUAAUUUACCGUGUUAACAUUCAUUGUUCUUACAUAGACACUGGGUUACAGAGUACUGGAGCCUCCAGCGACAGCCCAUGGUCCCGUCCCGUCCUGUCCCCUGCUGUCACCGGGCCUGGGGAGGGAGCGGACGGACGYGGCUGCGCUGCAGCUCAGGAUAAACCAACCUGGGCCAAUUCCUGCGUUCCCCUCUGCUGUCCCUCCUGAAGCACGGGCUGACUCACCAACCAACCCUUUCUCCAUGGAUUUCGGUGGGAUUGCGAGGUGCUCAGCACCGCUGAAAAUCUUGCACUGACUCUCUGUAUAAAUUUCCACCCCGCUUUGUGGCGGUCUGCGGCAGGAACUGAGCACCCCUGGGUGCUGAACCUCGGACGCGCACGCACACGCUCGGGGCGUGUUUUAAGGCAGUGGUCCACAACAGAGUCUCUGGGGUCCUGGGGGUCCUGGGCAGGCACGAGGGUGGGGGGAGAACGUUGCCCUCUUGCGUGGAGUGGCAGCAGGAUGCGGAUUUGGGGCUGGGGGCUCCGAGUGAGCGCGGUGGGGUGAGCAGGGGCAGUGUGGGGGCUGUUGUGGCUGCUCUCUCCUGGCUCCCUCGCUGCUUUCCCACAGAAACGUUUGGCUGCAGGAUUUCCUUAACAAGCUUUAUGCUCCGUGAUUGCUGUGGGGCCUCGGUGUGUCCCUGCCUGACCUGGUGGCCCUGCUCCUGCAUGUGGGGCAGCUGGCCCUGGCACCGCAGGUAUCCAUCCCCUCCUUGUUCAUGAGGAUUAAUGCCUUUGAAUCUCCGUGUUUGAGCACUUUCCUAUCCAGGCUGGAGGCAGAAAGCAAGGGAAUACAGCGCUACCACUGCCUGCAAGGUCACGGGUGUCUGCUCGGGGCAGGGAACGCUGAUCCUGCAGCACAGGGAGGAGGACGGGCUUGUCCUCACACACUGCAAAAUCCUCCCCGUGCUGCUGGAACGCCACCAGGACAGAAUGCCUCCUGUGCUUGGGGUCCCGUGGGCUUGUGAGCCUUUGCUCUGCGUGCUCCAGCCCUGCACCCCCUCCUCAAGCCAUGGGACCCCCUCCCCAUCCCGUGCUCCCACCGAACACGCGGCUGCGGCGUCAGCCCCGGCCCUGGGUGCUGGCCACAGUGGYUGAGCACUGAGCAGAAGGCUAAAAUGAUUAAAAAAAAAUCCAAACCAAAACAGGACCGACCCCUAAUGUUGGAACAGUGGCUUUCAGGGCUAGAAUUAAAAAUAGAGAUAUAUGGAUAUAUUGUACAGGUGAGAGGCAGCCGUGGUCUGUACACGUGGGACCGGCUCUGUACACGCUCUGACUGCGCAGCCGCGCUACCACUGACGCGAUUCGUAAAAAAAAAAAACAAAA